CCUUGCAGCAACAGGUGAGCCAGAGGUAGAAGAGGAGAAACCAGCAAGGCAGCUCCGCCAGAGACGACGCACACAGCCAUCAACUGCUCACCAGCGAACAACUAGGCGCCACACAUCCACCAGCUUUCUUUUCGCCCUUUCAAACACAUCCAAGACCCUCGCAAAAAUGGUUCGCAGUGGAGUUUCCCUGGUCCUGGCUGUACUCGUUCUGGUAUCCUGCGUCUCCGCCCAGCUCAACUUCUCCCCAGGAUGGGGCAAGAGGGCAGCAGCAGCUGGAGUCGGUACCGGAAGCGAAGCCCAACUUCACUCGGCGUCAGGACUAGCACUCCCUGGCACUUCCGUCACCAGAGGGGACAACUGUGCUUCCAUGCAGAUCUCCACCGUCAUGCACAUUUACAGGCUCAUCAAGAGGGAAGCUUCUCGAUUGGUCCAGUGCCAAGACGAAGAAUACCUGGCUUAAGUCUCCAGUGGUCCAUCUCUUCUUCACCGUACAUGUAACAACAUGUCUAACAUCCCUUUUCAAAACAAAGUCCUGUGAUUCAAUCAUUGCGUUAAUGAACCAUUUUUCGUGAGAUAUCUUUGUAGAGACGUAUCUUGAGAUCCAACUAUACACUCACAUAUAUAAAUACAAUCACAUCAUUUGUUUCUUCUCACUUAUAUCAGUGUACUUACUCUAAGACUUAAGUGUAGACAAAGCGUGGCCAGUCGGAAGGAUGAUCAUCAGGCCCGCGCAAUUCGUGCUUCCUUUGAACAUGAUUCCCUUCUGUCUCUGUUGGUUCACUCUCAGUUUGAAGUCUUUCUCGUAGUCUCAUCUCUACCGGUUGCUUUUCCGCUUUUUCUCUUUAUGUUUUCCGGUUCUUAACUUUUAUCAUUUCUCUCUGUAUCAUUUGAAAUUAUUUCUCCAUUUUCCACAGUUCCAUCUUCCCUUCUCUAACAUCACAUUCUUUUUUCAGUGACUUAUCUUUCGUGUUCUGCUUCUUGAAAAGGAAGAAAUCUUCGCAACCUUCUUUGCUCCGCUUCAUUUCCUUCCAGAAUUUUUUUACAAGAUUGUCCACAGAACUACAUCUACUUGCGUGGUCCCUGUCUACAACCAUACUUCAUUCACAUAAUUCUCAAUGUUCCUUUCUGAAACCUGAGGGCUGGAAGUUAUCGAUGACAGAUGUUGCAGUUGAAUAUAAGAUUUCAUGUGGCCAAAA